AUGGAUGCUGUGCGGGAGCGUGUGCCUGUUGUCAUUCUCGACGCCGGCUCCCACCGCAUUCGCGCCGGUUACGCCGACGAAAAGGGCCCCCGCCUCGACAUCCCCGCACUCGUCGGCCAACCGCGGAACCGCGGCGUGGCGAUGGCGGCCGGGAUGAAUGAGUACGAGAUCGGCGAGGAGGCGCUCGUCCGCCGGGGAAUGCUCACCGUCGGCAGCCCCAUUCACGACGGCCUCGUCGCCAACUGGGACCACAUGGAGAAACUCUGGGGGCACGUGAUGUUCUCAGAGCUGCGCGUGACGCCGGAGAGUCAUUGCUUCGUCGUCCCGCAGGAUGUGGCGGCCCCGGCGGAGCAGCGGGAACGUAUACUGGAACUCAUGAUGGAGACAUUUCAUGUACACUCACUUUUUCUCGGGGCGGCACCUGUGUUGAGUCUCUACGCAUAUGGACUCACGACAGGACUCGUGCUAGACAGUGGACGAGAUCGCACAGUGGCCGUUCCCGUGCAUGAGGGAUAUGCACUCGGGAGACAUUUGGCAACCGCACCGGUUGCGGGCUCGGCUCUCACUAAUCAUCUCGCCACUCUUCUGCGCCGUGAAGGGUACAGUCUUGGGACCCCACUAGAGAUGGAAGUGCUGAAUCGUGCGAAGGAGGAUUUGUGUUAUGUACGACAGGUUGAUUUUGGGGGAACUGAGAAUCGAGAUGGGAUAGUGUCAAAUAACGGGGAUACGCAACUUGCAGAAGAGGUUUUUUAUUUACCAGAUGGAAAUGCUAUUCCAUUAGGGGAGCAUCGUUAUCAAACUACAGAGGUUCUUUUUAACUUUGGCAUUCUUGGAAAAGAGUAUAUACCUAGAUCGCACUAUAUGACAGAACUUGGAGAUGUCUUUUUACCAUCAUUUCCUAUGGGUAUUAGUUGGCUGCCUUUUGCGGCUAUAAAUAAUUGUCAUUCAGAGAUGCGAGCGGCACUCUUUGCAAAUAUUGUACUAGCUGGAGGCAAUGUCUCCUUUCCGGGAACACGAGAACGUAUUGAAGCUGAGGUAACACAAUUAUAUAGGGAAACACACACUAGUGAGGCGGUAACACCAAUCCGUGUACACGAUGUGGAUUGUCGUGUCUACAGUACUUGGCUUGGUGGCUCUAUGCUCGCACGUACUUCAAUGUUUCCACAUUUAACCGUUUCACGGCAGGAGUAUGAAGAGCAGGGACAUCGUGUAGUGCAUUGUAAGUGUCAGUAA